AUGAAGGCACCAACUUACAACACUGACUGGACUGCUGAGAAGCAAAAAAUCCGCAAUUUCAUGGACGGUUUCUAUUUGGAUGAUGAGAACGGUAAAGAAUUCAUCUAUCGUGACCAAGUUUUCCAACUCGCACAAAGAGAAAAACGAGCAAUCGUCAUUGACGUCGAACACGUCAAAGAAUUCGACGAUCCAGAAGCUCUUGAACUCUCUGAAAAUAUUAUUGGAAACACGAAAAGAUACGAAACUCUGUUCAAAGACACAAUUGACGAAAUGAUUCAAACCUAUUUGGGAGAUAAACAACCAACUGUUACUGAUGCUUUGGACGCUUAUAUGUUCCAAAGAAUUUAUAUGGAUAAGACCGAAGCUUCGAAUGAGAAUGAAGUUAGCAUUGAAGAUAAACGGAGAAAGUAUCCACCACAACUUCUUCAAAGAUUGUAAGUUUUGAUUUAAUAAAUACAAAUCCAGAAUAUUGUUUUUGUUUUCAGCGAAGUCUACUUCACCACUGACAAUGCUUCCAAUCAAACUUGUGUCCGAAACAUCAAAGCCACUGAAAUCGGACAUCUUGUUACUUUGAAAGGUGUUGUUAUCCGUGCCACUGAAGUCAAACCAUGUGUUCAAGUUAUGACAUAUGCGUGUGACACUUGUGGAGCUGAAGCUUAUCAACCAGUCAAAGGAAUGCAAUUUACUCCACCACAAAAUUGUCCAAAUAAAGAUUGUGUUGAUUCAAAAGCCAAUGGACGACUUCAUAUGCAACUUCGUGGUUCGAAAUUCGCAAAGUUCCAAGAACUCAAAAUCCAAGAAUUGAGUGAACAAGUUCCAGUCGGAUCAAUUCCUCGAACUAUGACUGUUUAUGUGUACGGAGAAAUGACAAGACGGUGUAACACUGGAAAUAUUGUUCAAGUCUCUGGAGUAUUCCUUCCAAUUUUGCAAUCUGGUUUCAAACCAACUGGAGGACUUGUUGCUGAUACAUUUUUAGAAGCUCAUGUAAGUUUUGCAAAAAUAAUUAACUAUAGAAAAAUGUUUUUUUUCAGUACAUCAUCAAUUUGGAUGACAAUCCAACAUAUUCUGGUGUUCAAUCAGAAGAACUCGAAAUUCUCAAGAAAAAAGGGGAUAAUUAUGAUGCUUUGGCUUCUUCAAUUGCUCCUGAGAUUUUCGGACACACUGACGUCAAGAAAUGUCUUCUUCUCGCAUUGGUUGGAGGAAAUGACAACAGUUCGAAUGGAAUGAAAAUUCGUGGAUGUAUCAAUGUUUUGAUGAUGGGAGAUCCAGGAGUUGCCAAAUCUCAACUUCUCGGAUACGUGAAUCGUCUUGCUCCUCGCUCGCAAUACACAACUGGUCGAGGUUCAUCUGGUGUCGGUUUGACUGCUGCCGUUAUGAAAGAUCCAGUGACUGGGGAAAUGUCUUUGGAAGGAGGUGCCUUGGUUUUGGCUGAUGGUGGAUUGUGUUGUAUUGAUGAAUUUGAUAAAAUGAUGGAUAGUGAUAGAACAGCAAUUCAUGAAGUUAUGGAACAACAAACGAUUUCGAUUGCCAAAGCUGGAAUUAUGACUACACUUAAUGCAAGAACUGCGAUUAUUGCUGCUGCAAAUCCAGCAUAUGGAAGAUAUAAUCCACAAAAAUCGAUUGAACAAAAUGUUGAUUUGCCAGCUGCGUUGCUUUCUCGUUUUGAUAUGAUUCUUUUGAUGCAAGACAAAGUUGAUCGUGAAAAUGAUAAGACUUUGGCUGAACAUAUCACCUAUGUCCAUCAACACGGAAAACAUCCAAAUCGCGAGAAGAAGGAUAUUAUUUCGCUGGAAACAUUGAGAGAAUAUAUUCAACUUUGCAAAACCUAUUCGCCAACUGUUGAUCCAAGUCUUCGUGAAAGAAUUGUUGAUGCUUAUGUUGAGAUGAGACGCGAUGCGAGAUAUUCAUCUGAUCCGACUUUUGUUUCGCCAAGAAUGAUUUUGGGUAUCGUAAGGUAAUUUUAUCAAGAACAAUUUUUCAAAAAUUAUAUAUUUUGUUAAUUUUUCAGAAUGGCAACUGCUCGAGCAAAGCUCCGUCUUUCAAACACUGUCAACGAAAGUGAUGUUGAAGAAGCACUUCGUUUGAUGCAGUUCGCAAAGGAUUCACUUCGCCCAGAACAAACUCGCCUCGAAAAACGAAUGGCUCCAGUCGAUGCCGCAUUCGCUGUUCUUCGAGAAAUCUAUCAUGGUUCAAAUGAACCAAUAUCACUUCAAACCGCAAUUCAACGGUGUGCCCGAAAGGGAAUCAGCGAAUCUGCGUUGCAGAAAUGUCUUGAUCAAUACACUAAUAACGGUGUUCUUAUGAUGGAUCGUCAACACAUUGUAUUCGCAAUAAAUUAA